AGCAAAUACUUUCAAGUCGCGCAGGCUCUAUUCGAAAAUGGUAGAAGCUCUAGUACCUCUCCCCGAAAUCGAGAAGUUGAGUGACCGGGUGAUUAGGGUUCUCGGUGGCAACCCGAACAAGUUUACCUUGCAAGGCACGAAUACGUAUGUCGUUGGUCGCGGCGCAUCUCGACUCCUCAUCGACACGGGCGAGGGCAGGCCCGAAUGGAUAGCGUCCAUCAAGUCGCUGCUUGCAAAGGAGAAGAUUGCAAUCGACAAGGUGCUAUUGACGCACUGGCAUCAUGACCAUACCCAGGGAGUCCCUGAUCUCCUCGAGCAUGCGCCCAGCGCCAAAGUUUAUAAAAAGGACCCGCACGACGACUGGCUGCCGAUAAGCGAUGGCCAGCGGUUUGAGACCGAGGGCGCAACGCUGCGUGCCUUCUUCUGUCCCGGACAUACCACCGACCACAUGGCUUUUGUGUUGGAGGAAGAAGACGCAAUGUUCACCGCCGACAACGUCCUCGGACAAGGCACGGCGGUAUUCGAGGAUCUCGCCGCAUACAUGAAGAGUCUCGACGCCAUGUUGAGGCAGUUUGGUGGUCGCGCAUACCCCGGUCACGGCCCGGUCAUUGAAGACGGUCCAGCCAAGAUCUCAGAGUACAUUGCCCACCGCAAGCAGCGCGAGAAGCAGGUCUUGGAUGUGCUGGCGGCCGACGAGAGCGGGUCUGGCAUGAGCUCCAUGGACAUUGUCAAGGUGAUUUACAAGGACUAUCCAGAGAGCCUCUGGCAGCCCGCCGAAAGGGGUGUCUUGCAAAUCUUGGGCAAGUUGAAGCAGGAGGGCAAGGUUACCGGUGAGACGAAGUGGUCGCUGAGUGGCAAGGCUAGUCUCUAA